AUGAGGCGGGAUAUGCAAGCGCUAGGGCUAUUAGAUGCGCUUGUACAGUGGGCGAUGGCGUGUCUGAAGUCAUCAACAACGUUGGCGUCGAACUCAUCAUACUACUACAUUGGAGUGCUUUCUUAUCUAGCCGGGAUCUUGAUCUCGUCGCUCAGCACGGCGGAUAUGGAUUCAUACCUCCUUAAGGUCUUCUGCACGGUGCAGAAUAUCUCGGAUGAGGAGAAUGUUGCAUUCAAGACUGUCCAUGCAUCUGCGAAUUCGAGGAAGACUGUCAUCAAGGUUCUUCGAACCAUUGCCGUCUUGGCACUUAGGAGGGAAUACUCAUCCAAGGGGAACGAGGUGAUCACGAACGAGAUCGUCGAGUCAACAGUUGGCUAUCUCCUGGACGCCCUGGCCGACAACGACACCCCGGUUCGCCUGGCAGCCAGUAAAGCCCUCUCAGUCAUAACACUCAAGCUCGCCCCUGACUUGGCUUCCCAAGUCGUCGCCACCGUCCUCGACUCACUCACUACCAACAUUCUCUGGGCCACCCUCCCCGACGGUACAAAGACCCAGGACCUCACCGCUGUCAACCCCCAGGAAUGGCAGGGACUCAUCCUAACCCUCUCCCACCUUCUCUACCGAAAAUCCCCACCCCCCGACUCCCUCGCCCUCAUCCUCCACGCCCUCCUCACCGGUCUCACCUUCGAGCGUCGCUCCACCUCUGGCAGCUCAGUCGGCACUAACGUCCGUGACGCAGCCUGCUUCGGCAUCUGGGCCCUCGCGCGCCGCUACACUACCCGCGAACUACAGGAUGUCGUUACCGCCGAGGUUGGCGCUGCCACAGCUCACACCGGAGAAAAAUCAAUAAUCCAGAUCCUGGCCACCGAGCUUGUCAUCGCCGCCUCCUAUGAUUCGCGGUGCAUCAGCCGCACUACAGGAGUUGAUUGGACGACACCCGGAUCUUGUCACGGAGGGCAUUGCGGUCGUACAGGUAGUGGAUUACCACGCUGUUGCGUUACGGUCGAGGGCUAUCCUCGAGGUUGCACCUGCAGCGGCUCGGCUGGGGGAUUGUUAUGCUCAGGCGCUUAUGAGGGCGUUGUUUGGGUGGCGCGGGGUAGGGAGUGGGGAUGCAAAGUCGAGAAGGACGGUGGCCGGGGGUGUAGGGGAACUGGUGAAGUUGUUCGGUGGGAGUGGGAAAGAGAAGCCGUGGCGGAGAGUUCGGGGGUUGGUUUCGACAGACAGUUGGGGAAUCUGAAGGCCAGGGCUAUAGAUGAGAAGCAUGGGUUGGUGAUGGUGAUGGCUUCAGCUGCUAUGACGCUUCCUGCGCUUUUGGGCGCCGAUUCUGCGAAAGAUUGGGAGGAUUUACUGGAUGCGGUAAAGGCGAUUUUACGAGUGGUUUUAUCGACACUGAAGAGUGCUAUGGCAGCGACAUCUCGGAGACCUGAACUUGGCCUUGAGGCUACAUGCAGGCUGAUUGUGGCUGCGUGCCCGAUUAUUAGAAUGGAAAGGGUGCUUGACCCCAUGAAGCGCCGCUCUGAUGCUGCUAUAGAUACAGUAGCUUGGAGAAGAUUCUACGCAACGAAGCCGCCCCAAUAUAUACCCCAGACGACUCGUUCGACUCAAUCGAGGUUCGAGAGAUCGUCGAAGCCUCGGGAUCCCUCAUUGACGCCUCCCUCCGCCUCACCGACCGUGACACUAUCGAAGCCGCUGUUGCCGCCGCAACAAGCCUAA